AUGUCGACGGGCCUUCCUAACUAUGAGCGCGAAAGUGCAAUGCAGCACAUUGCGGCGCCUCGUCGAGCGGUGCUCCAGUCGAUCAACACGCAAGAGUCCGUCCCCAUUCAGCGGCAUGUUUCUGGUACGAACCCCUACAAAGUUUCGGAGAGCGGCAUGCAUGCAGAAGCCCAUAUUGCUGUGAGUGAGCGUGCGAAUGGUGUGUCGCGUUUGCGCAGACACCUUGCACCGCUUCCCAGUAUCGGCAAUGGUGUGCAGCCGCAGCACGCUCCUUCGACCAAAAGCGCUGCCCCUGCCGUGACUCGCGACACGCUCACGCACACGCACAGCAAGAAGCCGCAGCUGCCGAAUGCGCCGCGCGUCAUUGUGGAUGCUGCUGGAAAUGAGUAUGACCGGCAUGCGGUGCUGGGCCAGGGCGGUUUUGCGCGUGUAUUCCACGUCACGGACCGGCAUGGCCGAGACAAGGCAUUCAAGGUGAUUGCCAAGAGCGCAAUUAUGCAGUCCAAGAAGAAUCGGCAAAAGAUCCUUGCCGAGAUUAUGAUUCACAAGUCGCUGAAGCACGUCCACAUUGUUGGAUUUGAAGACGUAUUUGAAGACUCGGAGAAUGUCUACUUUGUCUUGGAGCUGUGUCACAAUGGGAAUAUGAACGAUAUUGUAAAGCGCCGUGGACGCUACUCCGAGGCCGAGGCGCGCUUCUUUAUGAUCCAGAUCUUGGCGGGCAUCCAGCACAUGCACAACAAUUCGAUCAUUCACCGCGACCUAAAGCUUGGAAACGUGUUUUUGGACCAGAAUAUGCGCAUAAAGAUUGGCGAUUUUGGGCUCGCAGCGCUGCUCAAGUAUCCCGAGGAGCGCAAGAAAACCGUGUGCGGCACACCGAACUAUAUCGCGCCCGAAAUCCUCUACGACCAGGGCGAAGGGCACAGCUUCGAGGUCGAUAUCUGGUCAGUCGGUGUGAUUUUGUACACGCUCCUCGUUGGCCGCCCGCCAUUCCAGACGAGCAACGUGCAAAAGAUUUACGACCGGAUCCGCCGCAACGAAUACGAGAUUCCUGCCGAGGCAAACUUGUCUGUCGAAGCCCAAGGCCUCAUCCGGCAGAUUCUCUCGCAGCGCCCGUCGGAGCGCCCGUCACUUGGAGAGAUUAUGGAGCACCCGUGGUUCCUUGCAGGCACUGUGCCGCUCAGCGUGCCUGCCCAAGCAGUCCAUCAACGCCCCUACAUUCCCGCCUUAACGCAAGGCGAAUCCCAGCGCAACUAUGAGCAACUCAAGUUGGAGGCGGCGUGGCUAACCGACGACGCUGCCGACCAGGAAGCAGCGCCAGAGCCUCCCGCCAAGUACCCACGCGAGAAUCUGCGCGCGCUGGAAGCAGUCGAGGAGAACAGGGACAGGAUCGACCGCGAAUUCCAGCAAGCGAUCAAUCCCGGCAGCCCCAUCUCGACCCUGCUCAAGGUCGGACGUCAGCCGCUGGUCAAGGCGAAUGUUGCCUCGCCACCCAGCGCACUUGGCCUUGCUGGUAAGAUGAGCAAUAUGCAUUUGAAGUCCACGCACAACCAGGAAAACGCACAGCUCCGCCAAAAGACCCAGGUCGUGGCCGGCUUCGCGCCUGUGCCUACACGCCCCGUCACUAGCCUCGAGCUCAUGGUGCACUACCUCAGCGAUGCACUGCGCCACUUUGAUGCCGAGGAUAGCCAGCCGCAGAUCCCGACGAAUCCAGCGGGCGAGAUGGUAAGCAUUCCUUUGUCGGUCGUUGUCGAAGGCGAGGGAGGCGAACUGCGCGUAAAGCCCCCUGCUCCUCGCCAAUUUAUCAUUUCCUGGCUCGACCACUCGGAAAAGUACGGCUUGGGCUACGCGUUGUGCAACGGCUCUGUAGGCGUGCAUUUCCGCGACGCUACCAGCAUGGUGCUCGCACCCCAGCGCCAGUGCUUUGACUAUGUCUACAACAUUCAUUACCGCGGCGAUGCGCAUCCCACCGACCAAGUCCGGCGCGAGAACCACGCCAUGCCGAGCGACCACGCGGACAAAGCGUCCAAUUUGGAGUGGCUUCCCCGCGAGCUCGUGAGCAAGUUUAAGCUUUUGCGAUUUUUCGAGGGCGAGAUUAUGGACCGCCUGUACGGAGCCGACAACCCCUUGACCUAUGUGGACACCAACGAGACCGGCAUGAGCUUUGUGCAGAAGUGGUACCGCUGCAAACAAGCGAUUGUAUUCCGGCUGAGCAACGGGACCGUACAGUUUAAUUUCUACGACCACACCAAACUCUUUCUCUCCUCGGAUGGCCUGGUCGUCUCUGCGAUCGACGCCGUCGACCGCACCGACGGCGUGCCUGUCUUGCGCACCUGGACCCUCGCCGAGAUGGUCGCAAUUGCCCAUCCCCGCCGCUCUGCCGCCGAAGCAGCGGCGGUCAGCGAAACACCCGAGCGCUUUCCCCGCCUUUUCCAGACCAAACCCAGUGAGCGCCGGUUUGUGCGCCAGUUGAUGAAAAAGUUGCGCUACGUCCGUGACGUGCUGAUGAGCACAUCGAACACGCAUCUUCCUGUAGCAUAG